AUGAGCCCUUAUUAUAUCGGUGUUGAUGUCGGUACAGGGUCUGCAAGAGCAUGCAUAAUUGACUCAACCGGUAGUAUCCUUGCUUUGUCUGAAAACGAAAUUUCAAGAACGGAGCUGAAACCAAGUCAUAUAACCCAAUCUAGCUCUCAAAUAUGGGAAAGUAUAUGUAAUUGCGUCAGAUCCGUAGUUGAGAAGGCCAAGGUAAAUGAGGAAGAGAUAUUAGGGAUUGGAUUCGAUGCAACUUGUUCUUUGGUGGUCGUCGACGAAGAAUCGAAUAGAGGGGUGGCAGUAGGUCCGGAUUUUAGCAACCACGAUCAAGAUAUUAUGCUUUGGAUGGACCACAGAGCCGUUAAAGAAGCUGAUGAGAUUAAUAGUACAGGCCACAAGUGUUUGAAUUAUGUAGGAGGCAAGAUGUUUGUUGAGAUGCAACUCCCCAAGAUCAAAUGGCUUAAAAACAACAUGCCAGGGGGUAUGUUUAACAGGUGUAAGUUUUACGACCUCCCAGACUACCUUACUGUAAAGGCCUCCGGACGUGAGGUUCGAAGUGUCUGCUCUGCUGUGUGUAAGAUGGGCUUCUUACCACUGGGCGUAGAGGGCUCAACGGAAGGUUGGUCGCGUGAAUUCUUCGAAGCAAUUGACUUAGAAGAACUCUGUACUUCAGAUUUUAGCAAACUUGGAGGUCCAGCAGAUGCUGAUGGUGUCAAUUACAAGCCUUCCGGUUGUUUUGUUGGGUUUUUGUCUAGCGACGCGGCUAGUGAAAUGGGUUUAACCACGAACUGUGCAGUGGCAACCGGAUUAAUUGAUGCUUAUGCUGGUUGGGUGGGUACUGUGGCAGCAAAAUCAGAAGCAAUGGAUGGCGCUAGUGAUUUAAAUCAAGCAGUGGGCAGGCUGGCCAGUGUUGCGGGCACCUCUACCUGUCAGAUAGUUAUGUCCUCUGAAGCGCACUUUGUACCAGGUGUGUGGGGCCCUUACAAAGAUAUUUUAUUCCCUGGAUACUGGUGCUCGGAAGGUGGUCAGAACUGGACGGGCGGCCUCCUACACCAGCUGCUCACCACCCAUCCUGCAUACGCAGAACUAUGCGACCUAGCUAAAACCAGCGGGCUUUCAAAAUUUGAUUACCUCAACGAUAGAGUUCGAGCAAUGCACAAGGAGCGUGAUACGUCAUCUGAACUUUGGCUCAUAAAGCACCUAUUUUACUACGGCGAUUACAAUGGGAACCGAUCCCCCAUCGCUGAUCCCAACAUGUCAGCGGCAAUCAUAGGUAAACCCGCCGGCAUCACAAUAGAUGACUUGGCACUAGAAUACCUCGCCGCCUGUGAAUUCAUCUCCCUGCAAACUCGCCAGAUCAUUGAUGCAUUGUGCACUAAUGGACACAAAAUAUCCUUGAUAUAUAUGUCUGGGGGGCAGUGCAGGAACAAACUUUUGAUUAACUUAAUUGCAAGCUCUUCCAGGUUACCAGUAGUAACGCCAAGAUAUAUUGACUCCGCUGUAGUCUUCGGUUCCGCCCUGCUUGGCGCUGCCGCCAACCUCUCUAAAGCAACCUCAAGCGGUCCUAAUGACUAUAUCUCUUUCAAAACCGCGGCAAAUCCUCUUUGGUCGGUCAUGGCCGCCAUGACUCCUGCUGGCACUACAAUAUACCCUCUUCCAGACUCACACCCUGACGUCAAACUUCUAGACGUUAAAUAUGCGAUAUUUCUAGAUAUGAUUAAAUCACAGCAGAAAUAUCGAAACCUAGUAAAUCAAAUUUCACUAUGA